AUGUGGGCACCCACUCUCGAUCACUUCAUCAAGUCGGACACCAGACAAUGCACACUCACACGUGAUGACGCAAGGUUGUUGUGGAAGCAGAUGUCAAGUGCCCUCGCGUACACCCACUCAAAAUCCAUCAUUCAUGACGACGUCAAGCCGCACAACAUUGUAUGGGACGAGAAGCUCAAGCAUGCAGUCCUCAUCGACUUCGGCGCUGCACUAGUCAAUCCUGAGAGCUUACCGGAGGGCGGCUGGACGCCUUCCGGCACCCCGUCAUACGCGCCCCCAGAGUUCUUCGAGAAGAAGAAGUGCCAAGCUGGCGAUGUGUGGGCGUUGGGCGUGACGAUGUUGUUUGCUUUUGGGGAUAUUCCCCUGCCUGACGGGUCAUGGAUUCUACCGCGUGUUUUUGAGAACGAAGACGUCAAAGACGAGAUGAUGCAGUGGCUUUUGAGAAUAGAGAGUUUGCGAAAGUCAUCGGAUCAUGCAGGCGACAGAUCAUUGCUGGCUCCAAUGUUGCAUUGGAGUCCAGAACAAAGGAUCAGUAGUGACGAUCUUGUGCGGCAUCUUGAAGCUUGA